CUUCCUUUAGUCGUCAAAUAUUCGCUAUGAAAAUCAAUGAAUUGAUAGUAGUAAUAAGUCUUACAGCUUUUUUUGGAGCUUCUUAUGCAAGACCGAAAUGUUUAUUCAAACCCAAAAAUGUCAAGCCUCAGUGUGCAAAGUUGAUAAGUAGUGGUUUGACAAAUAGUGAAAAACAAAAAAUAGUUAAUAAACACAACAGUCUUCGGCGAUCAACAGGAGCAAAAAAUAUGGCUCUUUUGUCUUGGGACAAUGAAUUAGCAGCCUCAGCCCAACAAUGGGCUAAUUAUUGUAAUUACAAGCACGAUCCUUGUCGUGACGUUGGACGUUAUAAAGUUGGUCAAAACUUAAAUCGUUGGGGCUCGACUAGAGAAGUCAAGAAUUGGGACGUUGAACGGCCAGUUCAAAGUUGGUAUGACGAAAUAAAGUUUUUUAAUAAAAAAGAUAUUUCGAAGUACAAGUAUGAUCCAAAGUAUGGUCAUUACUCUCAAGUCGUUUGGGCUGAAACAACGAAAAUAGGUUGCGGAGUCGUUAGAUACAAAGAUGGAAAAUUGAACCGACAAUUUUUAGUUUGUAAUUACGGACCAACCGGUAAUGUAGAAGCCAAACCAAUGUAUAAGACUUGA